ACUACGCAUAAUUUUUUGAUCGUGGGGACUGUGUACGCGCUGUCUCUGUUUUUCUUUUUACAUCAUAUUACUGGGAAAUGGCGUAUGGACAUUGCUGUAUGCAGUCCGGAGCCAUAUAACGAACUGAACUGAACUAAACUGGAUAUUUCAUAGCCAGUGACCGAAGUAUCCGUGAGGUAAAUCUCAAAUUGCAAAUCGCGGAGAUGCAACUUAUCCCAGGGAUUGGAAUGACGCGGUGAUAUCACGUCUUAUGUGACUUUUUUUAUCGAGAUAUUCAUUGUGAGAUAUGUAAGGACCGUGUGCAGAUAUUCGCGGGUCGACCAGCGAUCAACAAAUAAUUAUGUCGACAAUGGAGGGUUCCCUCAGCAAGUGGACAAAUAUGGUUAAUGGAUGGCAAUAUCGAUGGUUUGUUUUGGACGACAAUGCUGGCCUUCUGUCUUAUUAUACGAGCAAGGAGAAAAUGAUGCGCGGAGCACGUCGUGGUUGUGUACGACUGAGAGGUGCUAUUAUUGGUAUAGAUGAUGAAGAUGACAGUACAUUUACUAUCACAACAUCAUCCUGCAAAGAUGACCCGAAGACUUUUCAUUUUCAAACGCGCAAUGGAGAGGAAAGAGAACGUUGGAUCCGUGCACUAGAAGAUACAAUUCUCCGUCAUUCCAAUGCGAGGUGGGAUCCUAAGAAAUCACUACCUAAACAUGAUUUUGACCGCAAAGUAGCUGAGGCUGAUGCUUAUCUUCAACUCUUGAUCGAACAAAUUAAAUUAAUUGAAACCAAAAAAAGUGCUGCUGAGGAAGAUGAAGAGAAACAGAAAAAGUAUUCAGCUAUUUUAUUACAAGCCAAUGCUAUGCUUAAUUCUGUUAAACAUACCAUUGUCCAAUUACAAAUUGCAAAGAACACAGCAAUACCAGUUAACGGAGUAUACAGAGGACCAUCUAAUUCUAUACAUGUCUCUCCACCACUUUCUCAUGUUGCAGCUAGGGCGCCAGAGGCAACAGUGCAAACUGGCAUCGAAUUAGGCUCUGAGUGUGUGGAACCCCGGGUGCCUACGUUAUCAAAUGUUGUAGAUAGAGAUCUACCAGUACCACAGUUUUCGUAUUCUUCAUCUGACGAGGACGACGAUUACUUCGACGCUGCGGACGAGAUACCAACUCCGAUAGUUCAGAAUCAUAUUACGCUACGUUCAGAUAACGAGCGAUUACACUCGUCCAUAGAAAGUGCCGCAGGCGAUAAACGUAAGGAGCCACCUUUGCCACCUAUUAAAGGCGAUGGUUCGGUAGAUUACGACGCUCUUUACGAAGAAGAAAGCGAAACAGAAAUGGAUUCCAUGGAGAGCCAUGGAUCGGUUGUGACGCAUCUUCUGUCUCAAGUAAAGAUCGGUAUGGAUUUAACAAAGGUUGCCUUACCAACAUUCAUUCUGGAGCGUAGGUCACUCCUGGAAAUGUAUGCAGAUUAUUUUGCUCAUCCUGAUCAAUUUGUAAGCAUUGCAGAUAUGUCUACACCUAAAGAGAGGAUGGUACAAGUAAUUCGUUGGUACUUGUGCAGCUUUCAUGCGGGACGCAAAUCUGGUGUAGCCAAAAAACCGUACAAUCCAAUAUUAGGUGAAAUUUUUCGGUGUCAUUGGAAUAUACCAAAUACCGGUUAUUCUGACAAUAUUACGGAUUCAGGCAACAAACUCAUAUCAGAUGGUCCUGUACCAUGGUGCAAGGAGAAUCAACUUGCUUUUCUUGCUGAACAAGUCUCACAUCAUCCUCCAGUUAGUGCAUUUUAUGCUGAACACGUUGGGAAAAAUAUUAGUUUUGGAGCUCACGUUUGGACAAAAAGCAAAUUUUUGGGCUUAAGCAUAGGAGUACAUAAUGUGGGAAAGGGUUGGGUAAAUGUACUGCAACAUGGAGAGGAAUAUGUUCUAACUUUCCCUAAUGGUUAUGGCAGAUCUAUCCUCACUAUACCAUGGGUAGAGUUAGGAGGAACUGUGACUAUAAGCUGCCUGCAAACUGGCUAUCAUGCGACGAUAGAAUUUUUAACAAAGCCUUUUUACGGCGGUAAACGAAAUCGAAUCACUUGUCAAGCGUUUCAAGCAGGAGACAAGAAACCGUUUCUAGUUAUAAAUGGAGAAUGGAGUGGUAUGAUGGAAGCAAAGUGGUCGGAUGGUAAAAGUGAGAUUUUCGCCGACGUAAAAGAGCUUAGUACGGAGAGAAAAUUAGUGAAAACAGUAUGCGAACAAGAAGAGUGCGAGUCGCGAAGGGUUUGGCGUGACGUCACAGUUGGCCUACGUAUUAACGAUAUGGAUAAAGCUACGGCUGCAAAAUGUGCAAUUGAACAGAAACAAAGAGAUGAGGCGCGCGUCCGAAAAGAAAAUAACAUAACGUGGCAAACGAAACUCUUCAAGGAAACCAAAGAUGGUGGCUGGGUGUACAUAAAACCUCUCGUAGACAGAAUACGCAGUUCUAGUGAUCAAACUAAUGUUACGUAACCAUGUUCAGUAUAAUAUUAUGUGAUAAUUUUAGACACAGCACAAUACUAGGAGAGACCAUGGCCUAAUGCCCGUAAGAGAACUGUAAUACCAGGCUUAAUUCGAGACGUAUGCACUUUCACAUUUAAAGAAUUUCCACAAAUAUUUUCAUGCAUAAUGGUUCUCAUUUGGAGAAUUUCUGCAAAUAUUUAUAUUUUUUAUUCUUAUGUGCCCAAUUUAAAUGAAAAGAAAGAUAACAACAUUGA